AUUAAAUAUGAGUCGUAAAACUAAAAUGAAUGCGUCAAAACAGUUUCAUAAGCUUAAUGGGAGCCAGAGAGAAGUUAAAUCCAAACUUCCUCAUUUAAAUGAAAGCUCAUUUAUAAAGAAAGCAAGAAUCAGAUACUUUAGUCCUGAUGCAAGAGAGGAGGUUAAAUCAUUGCCUUUAUUAGAACAAUGUGAAUAUUGCUCAACAUCAAUAAAUUGAGCAUGAAAGAGAGCAACUCUACUACAGUAUAAAGUUUACAAGAGAUGAGAUGGCAAGGUCUUAGAUAUGAAAGGGGGUCCCCUCGUUGCCAAAAAGAUACUAAUUUCAAAGUUAAAAACCAUAAGAAAACUCAAAAUGAUCGAUUUCCAAAAUCAUCAGAAGGCUCUCACACUUCCUCUUCAACCUUUUAUUCACAAAUCUCCUGAACCAAGAUCAGCUGCUUUCCUUUUAACAUCACCGAGAUCUCCAAGGUCACCUCAUUUUAUCCAAAGAGGGCAAAAUAGAUACUCCUACAAGCAGAAUCAUAAAACAGAUAAGAAGCUGAAGAUUUUAGAGAUACUAUCAAUUUGAAGCAAGUCGAAAUCACUUAUGAAAAAUAUUAAAAAGAGAUAAACU